AUGGUCCUCCAUUUCGGGCUGCCUUGUAAGCAGGCUAGUCUUAAUGACGAGUUUGUCGCAGCGGUUAUGGAUGAUGGCACGCUUGGUCUCUUCCGUUAUAUCGAUGGGUCGUUCAAGGAGAUCCCCACUGACCGUCUUGGCUGUUCUGACGGCCCAGGCGCCUCAGAUGCCACCCCUCCCCUCUGGGGUUUGGCCCAUGUGAGCGGUGGUAAGAUGACGAAUUACCUCACGCUUGUGGAGCAGGAGACCAGCGCUGUGAAAAUUUACGAUAUUUCUAACACUACUCCUGUACUGGUAUUUGACGUUGGAUGUAUUGCUGUUGCGCCACCGUUGUUGCAUCCUAGGGUGAAGACAACCAACUUGUUCCUGUCCAUCACUGAUCCUACAUCUAGGUGA